AUGGCAGUUACAUUGCAUACUACUGCCGGUGACAUAAAGAUCGAACUGUUUUGUCAGGAGUGCCCAAAAACUUGUGAGAAUUUUCUUGCUCUCUGUGCUAGCGACUACUAUAAAGACAACAUUUUUCACAGAAACAUCAAGGAUUUUAUGGUCCAGACAGGUGACCCAACAGGAACUGGAAAAGGAGGUAACAGCAUCUGGGGUGGUCCUUUCGAGGACGAGCUCUCUGUAGAGCUUAGGCACGAAGGUCGAGGUAUAGUGUCUAUGGCAAAUAACGGACCUAAUACGAACAAAUCACAAUUCUUUAUCACCUACGCUAAACAACCUCAUCUGGACCUGAAAUAUACAAUUUUUGGGAAGGUAAUUGAUGGAUUCGAUGCACUUGAUGAGCUUGAGACUAUCAAGGUGGAUGCGAAAUAUCGGCCCGUCGUGGAACAGAGGAUUCGCGAUGUCACGAUUCACGCCAAUCCUUUUGCGUCAAAGGAAAAAUACAUAUUUCGGCCUCUCUCGACUUCUCAAGAAAAAAUCGAAGCUCAGAAGUCUAAAAUCAAACAAUCUCAAGAGUACUUUGAUCAGUAUAUUGAAGAAUACUACGACUACGAUGAAGAGGAAGAGGAUACACCCGUUAAACAUGAAGUAGUUGAGGAACAGUUAAAUGUGGAAUCGUUGGAUGAUUUAGUAUCUUUGUUAAGAAGAGAACGAGCUUAUGAUAUUGUUGUUAUCGCAUUAGGUGCGGAUGGGCCUGGUAUUGUGGAUACUAUGGUAAUAUGUACUCCAUUCAAUACUAGACACGGUGCCGCUGUUGCUGAAGUCCUAAGGAAAGCAGGAAAGCAAACUGAUGAACAACCGAGAAAAUACACAGUGCGACACAACUUUGGAUGGUUUCAAAUCGAACUGGGGAAAAUACAGGUGCAUGUAAUGGGUGAGGAAACUCGUCAGCGAUUUGAUCUCGAAACACUCUGGGGAGUGAAUGAUGUAGUUGAAGAAGAAGAAGACAUACCAUUGAUACCGCCACCGAAGGAAAAGUCGUCACAUCUACAAUUCCUACAAAUACUUGUCAAGAGUCGGUUCCAUUGUUCAUUCACCUCUUACCAGACUCUUUUUGUUAAUGUUUGUUCUAUUUUUAAUCAAAUGCAGGAUUUGCAUCGACUCUAA